UGUUGAGUCUGUACGUACCUACAUAGCGCAGCUAGCUCAGGUUCAAGCUCUUCUAAACGUUGCAGGAGGCGCCUGAUCUGUGAUCAAUUCCACACCACGUUUUCCAAAUGUUGGUCCAACCCUGUGCUUAAAGGCAGGUCUCCUAUAUAGAAUGGUUGGCGCAGCAUUGCUCAGGGCUUUGAACGCUAACAGUGCUGCAAAUUUGGGGAGGCUUUCAUCAUCUGUUUCUAUCAAAGGGGCAGGCUUUCAGUGCCACCCCCUCUUCUUCGAAAGAAACCCUCCCUUGGCGUCCAAGAAGCGUCAAUUGGGACCACCAAGCAUCCGACUUUACACUGUCCAAGCUGCCGCUAUGGCUGAGGGAAAGAUGGUUGCAGUAACAGGGGCAAGCGGGUAUAUUGGAGCCUGGCUAGUGAAGCUCUUGCUUGAGAAGGGUUACACUGUGAGGGCGACCGUUCGCAAUCCGAAUGACACACAGAAGACGGCUCACCUCCGGUCUCUCCCAAAUGCCGAAACGAACCUGAGCUUCCACAAAGCUGAGCUCCUCGAUGAAGGCGCAUUUGGCGAGGUUUUUGAGGGGGUGGAUGGCGUUUUCCACAUGGCAUCGCCAUUCCCGAUGGCCGCUCCUGAAGACCCUGAAGCCGAUCUGAUCGCGCCAGCUGUCAAGGGAGCGGAAAGUGCGAUCAAGGCGGCAGCAGGAACAAAGAAGCCGAUCAAGCGAGUGGUGCUGACGUCAAGCACUGCGGCCGUGCGAAUCAAGCAGAUUGCGCCGGGCAAGGCAUUUGAGGAAGACGACUGGAGCGACGAAGAGAGGAUGCGCAACUUCAAGAUCUGGUACCCUUUGUCGAAGACGCUAGCCGAGAAGCGUGCGUGGGAGCUCGCAAAGGAGUUGAACGUCGACCUCGUUACGGUUAACCCGAGCAUGGUUACCGGGCCCAUCAUUCAGCCGUCCCUCAACACCAGCAGCAACGAACUUCUCAAGUAUCUCGACGGCUCCGUCAAAGCGUACCCCAACUCGUGCAUGGUGUGGGUCGACGUCCGCGACGUGGCCCUCGCGCACCUCAUAGCGUAUGAGCACCCGGACGCCGCCGGGCGCUUAUUCGCGGCGCCGCACGAGAUCUCGUACAAGGAGCUGACGGACUUUCUGGCUAAGGAAUAUCCCAACGCGCCCGUCCCGAGAGUUUGUGCCGACCCUGAGGGCGAGAAAAACAAUCCCCCGCCGCGCAACCCGUGUUCUGUUGUGAAGUUGGAGAAGCUGGGGCUUCAGUUCCGCCCCGUUUGGCAGUCCUUCCACGAGACGCUCGAGAGCCUCAAGGAAAAGGGCCUCUACACUCCGGCUUAAAAUACACAAUCCUGCUCGGGCGCGAGCUGAGUGUGUGUUCGUUGGAUCGUUGUGUGGCAGAUUAAGUCGUCCUGUUGUCAAGUACAGUUUGUGACACCGUUAAAUUUUUGGAGAGUCAGUCAGUAAACAUAUCGACUGCCAAGUCGUCAUUGUUUGUUCUUAAACGUACUCGCUCUGCGGACCAUGGCAAACACACUAGAGCUGAGUCCGUGUUGUAACGGUUGAGAGAAAAGGACGUUUUUGCAUACCGCGUAAUACUAACGGAUUUUAGUGACACGUCUGUGGGUUGGAAACGGCACGGCCGCUUUGCCGGCGGGCAUGGGCCGGUUGCUUUGAGCAAGCAUGUUGUUUCUUAGCUAAGUUUGAUUGAAGACUUACAUUGACAAUUGUCAAAACCAUUCUAAGACCAGUAACUAAUGAUAUACUAAUCUCUCUGAUUGCCAGCACUCCGACCUCCAAACGCUUAACCGUCCAGCCCGGCCUAUGAGUCACCUACCAACCGAGCCUUAAUUGUAAAUUGGUCAGAAGGGGUCGGAUACAUUUUAACAAUUGCCGCAUUGACA